AUGCAAGAACUAACAGAAAGAAAGGUACCCCGACCCACCACGACACGAUUCAGCAAUGCUGAAAGUGAUGGCAAAAGUGAAGAAGAAAGCCGUCAAUCUAGGCGCCACUGGUUAUUCGGAAAGAGUGAGAACAGAAGAGGGAAGGUCGUACCGGAGUCCACAAUGAUGAAGAAGAGCCAUCUGAGAACCAAGACGAAUUCUCAAGCCCAAGAAUCUGAGUGCGACGAUGAUGAUAUACCUUUGCCUAAAGAAAUAAAUAUUUGUAUUAGUAGGCAGAAAAUCAGCAUGAAAAAUCAGGUAAAGAAUCUAGAUUUGGAUAAUGAUGAGGCCGUGAGUGACAGCGAAAGUGUAGAAGGUUGUCAUGCUAAAUGCUUUGGCUUGUUUAGAAGAGAUAAGGGUAUAGAAGGAAAGAUUGUGCCAAAGAACUACAAUGUAGUCACUGUUAAAGAGCAGAUAAUUGUCACAGGUCUGACCAAGAAUUCGAUCCUGAAUGAUGAAACCAAUAUGGUACAUGCUGACAAGAUCGACCACGGAAAAUGCUGUAAUGCGACCGAUAAAAGCACUUCGCAGAAUGAAUGCCCUAUUAAGGAAAAUAAAAAGUCGGGAGAAUGGUUUAAACAAGAAGAGGGAACGGUAAAAGUACUCAAUGCAGUGCAAAGGAAGGAAUCGUUGACAUUACGUGAUGAGAAUCAGGAAGGGAAGAGAAACGAAACAAUACUAGCAAUCACUUGGAAAAUACAUGCGCCUGGAAAUGAGACCUACAGAUCGUGUAAUAUCCCUGCAGUAUGGCAACGAUGGAUGGAGGUGUUUCUUCGUGAAUUUAAGAUAAAGUUCACAAAAACGUACUCCGACACCUUCAUAAGAUUAGCGCUUCGCACAAUGAUGAUAAUCAAGAACAAAACGGUUCCGUUAAGCUGUUCCGUGAGAAAACUGCUAACUGUCAAUAUUGUCGAAUGGACCAUGUUAACCCUGAGCAAAGCAAACAAGGAAUUAUCAGUGGAAGAACAGCACCAAAAACGAUUAAAUGCAACGAAUGCGAGAAAAAUGGCAAUAGUUUAUUUUAAUGUGGUUACAAUGAAGGAGUUUUAUAUGACGCAGGAGUUCAAAACACAACUGAUCCAACUUGUACCAAAUGACAUAGUGACUUCUAUAUGUGGCAUACAUCUCAAAAACCAGGAUAAUGUGGACGAUACAGCUAAGAAAAAACAAAUAGUUUGGGAGCCUAAUACGCAAACAGCUCAACCACAUUGGAUGCCAUCAGAAAAUCUGCGGCACAUGACCAUGAGAGAUCAAGAUCUGUCAAUGCUUUGUUGA